UAUAUACUAUAUGUGUAUCACUUUAUUGUACUUGAAGUUUAUUUAUUAGCGACGUCAAAAAGGUUUAUGUAUAAUCUAAUAUGAUUCAAAUCAAAAAACCGUACCGUCACAACCUUUUUAAUUUUAAAUUAUUCUAGAACUUAAUGAAGUAUUAAAUUAACAACAAUCAAUCUUACCUACAGAAUAAACCUUAUUUUCCCCCACCAAUCACAAAAGCACUCCAUCGUCGUUUUAGCAUACCAAAAAAAAAAAAAACAGAAAGUCUUCUCAAACUCCAAAAUUUGAAGAACAGCAAAUCUAAAUCCAACCAAUAGGAACUGAAAGACAAGAUCAUCCAGAGGUAUCAUGACUUCUAUUGACAAACAUCGAAUAUCUCGUGAUUAUUUCAGGUCUUUUUGUUAAAUAACACAUAGAUCUGUACGAUAUGGUUUUGAAAUUUUCGUUUGAUUGUCCUGACAAAUAGAUUUGAUUCUGUAGGCCUGUCUUUUUUCUUUGUACUUUUUGGUUUUCUUUGGAUCUUGGAGUCCUACGUGGUCAUAUCAAAAGUAAAUUAAGGCAUUUUGGUGAAAACCCUCAAAAGUUUGAUAGGUUUGACUACUUUUAGUUUCAAGUCCGUUGACAAAAAAAAAAGGUUUCAAGUCUGUUUCAUGUUCUUGAUUUGCUGUCCUGAUUUAACUUCUAAUCAUAAAAUGGUCAGAUUCAAAGCCAGAUUCAUUCGUCUCUGCUUUCAUUUAUGUUUUUGUUGUUUAUCAUGAUAUAUAAUCCGACAAAUCACUGAUCACUGAUAGAAACUAAAAUUUGGAUACCUUAAGUUUUUUUUUCCUUUUGUUACUUUAGCAAUACCAUAUUAUUAUUAAUAUUUUUUUGAGAAAGGGUUAGUCCUAUGUUAUUUUAUCUUACCAUUUAUUCUAGUCGUUGGUGCAUCGAUGUUAAUUAGUAAUAUUUAAUCAAAAUUGGUCGAAUUCUAGAAAAAUGUUGGCAUUCGUGAAACGCUUUUCCUUGAAGCGAACAAAGCAUCCUCGCGGAUAUGAGGACCCUCAGGUUCUUGCAUCUGAAACUCCAUUUACGGUGAAUGAGAUAGAAGCUUUACACAAUUUAUUCAAGAAGCUAAGUACAUCCAUUAUCAACGAUGGUCUUAUCCACAAGGAAGAGUUUCUUCUGGCUUUGUUCAGAAACAGCAGUAUGCAAAAUCUAUUUGCCGACAGAGUGUUUUAUAUGUUUGAUAGGAAACGAAACGGUGUGAUUGAGUUUGGUGAAUUCGUUCGUUCACUAAGCAUCUUCCAUCCACACACUCCGGAACAUGAAAAGUCCUCAUUUAUGUUCAAGCUUUAUGACCUUGAUGGAACCGGCUUCAUCCAGCGCCAUGAGUUGAAGAAAAUGGUGGGCGCACUACUUAGCGAAACAGACUUAGGACUAUCGGAAGAAUCUAUUGAAGCCAUCGUCGAACAGACAAUGGUUGAGGUUGAUACGAACAAAGAUGGCAAAAUUGAUGAAGAAGAAUGGAAAGAGCUCGUCGCAAAGAAUCCUUCAAUCCUUAAAAACAUGACUUUACCCUACCUCAAGGAAGUGACUUUAGCAUUCCCAAGUUUCGUUCUUGACUCCGAAGUAGACGACUAAAAAUAGAAAGAAACCUCAUGAACAACGAACGUGCCAGCGUUUCUCCCGAUUUUAUUAUAUCAGAGGGCUUUUUUAAUCUUUCCUUUGUAUUAAUUAUAUAUGAACCGGUCCGGUAAUACUUGAUACAAGGCUCAAAAUGAUUUGCGUUAUUGUUCCUUUACUUUUCAUUCAAUCAUGUAACCAUUCAACCAA